AAUUUGUUUUUUCUUCACGUUUAUUGGCAGUCCAAGAGCUCAAGCCUGGGACAAUGGUGUGCAUUCCCUGCAUUGUCAUUCCAGUUUUGCUCUGGGUCUACAAAAAAUUUCUGGAGCCAUAUAUAUACCCGCUGAUUUCCCCUUUCGUUAGUCGUAUAUGGCCUAGGAAAGCUGUACGAGAAUCCAACGAUACAAGCAAAGGCAAAGUAGACUAUAAGGGUGCAGACAUAAAUGGGUUACCAUCAAGAGGACCAACAGAAAUCUCUGAGAAAAAGAAAGACUAAAGUGAUUGUCCUAAAGGAUCUCAUUGUUUUAAAAAUGGACCUGAUGAUAUGAAGCACCUUCCUUGUAAUUGUCUCCGAUCUUUUUCUCAGACCAGAAUUCAGGGUAGAUAAUUUAGAUAUUUACCUGACACUACUCUGGUAUUUGUAUUUGAAAUGUAGUUAGUUAUAUUUAAUUAUCUCAUUCCUGAGUUCCUUUUUCAUUAAAGUAGCUUUCAUUGCUUUUAUUGCAGUUAUUAAAAUAUGAAUAAAUAGAACGUUUGUGCCCGUAGACAUUGUUACUUAAUCAAUGCCUAAAAAUCCUUGGGCCUCUACCUUUUAUUCAAGUUCUUCAAAUUUGAGGAGUACAAUUUUACUGUGAAACAGUGCAGUGAGACUGUGCUAUGAAAUGAAAGGUAGUUUUUGGAGAUAAUGAAACAUAAAGAUGUAAUUACUGUCCAAGUCAGUGGAGCAGCUUAUCUGAGAGAGUAGUAAUUACUGUUUAUUGCUCUGAGGAAGACAGAAAAGACAGGGAACUAGGGGAAACUUCUCUGAAAAAUGGAACAUCUUUUACAUAAAUGUUUAGUGUAUAUUAUAAAAUUCUAAUCCUUGUCACAUUCCUUUCCUCCUACAAAUGUAUUAAACAUUCAGUUUAGCUUGUG